UGCCGUGGCGGCCUUCAUAGGUUCCACUCGCUAGCAGCACUUGCCCCGGCAAGUCUAUCGAGGGUAUGUGACGGAUCUGUGUCUCUGUGCGGGCGUGUGCGUUCACAGGAAGGUGUGCGUUCACUGCCGGUGUGCGCGCGAGGAGCACGCCGUCGCCAUGGUGACAGUUGCCGGGGAGACGGAGAGAGGGGGGGGCGGCUCUGACGAUGACUCGGGGUGUGCGCUCGAGGAGCUGGUGUGGGCGCCGCCCGGCCUCACCCCCGAGCAGGUGCAGCGCUAUUUCCGCGCACUCCCCGAGGACCGCGUGCCGCUGGUGAGCAGCGCCGGUGAGCGGCACCGCGUGCGUCAGCUGCUGCGCCAGCUCCCGCCACACGACCACGAGCCGCGCUACUGCUCGUCGCUGGACGCCGCUGGCGAGCGAGCGCUGCGCUCCUUCACCGCGGCGCGGCAGAGGGAGGCGCUGGGGCGCGGCGCGGUGCGAGUGGUCCCCCCCACCGGAGCCGGCUCCGUGUGCCGCCAGGUGAGGCCUUCCUGCGGCGGCACGGUGGGGCCCGGCUCGCUGGCCGUGUGUGCGGCCCGCGCCGGCCCCGCGGCCAGCUGGCACCCCGGCUGCUUCGCCUGCGCCGCCUGCCGCGAGCUCCUCGUCGACCUCGUCUACUUCUACGCCGACGGCGCCGUCUACUGCGGCCGGCACCACGCCGAGCGCAGCAAACCACGCUGUGCUGCCUGUGACGAGCUGAUCUUCCAGGAGGAGUGCGUGCAGGCCGAGGGCCGCUGCUGGCACCGCGACCACUUCUGCUGCUUCGAGUGCGAGGCGGCGCUCGCCGGCGCUCGCUACCUGAUGCGGGACGGCCGCCCCCACUGUGUCGCGUGCCACCAGGCGCUCUACUCGGUCUACUGCGACGCGUGCGGCUCCCAGAUCGGUGCCGACGAGGGCCAGAUGACGCACGACGGGCAGCACUGGCACGCGCGGGCCGAGUGCUUCAGCUGCGCGCGCUGCCACGCGCCGCUGCUGGGCGCCCCCUUCCUGCCACGCCAGGGCGCCAUCUUCUGCUCCAAGGCCUGCAGCCGGGCGGCCAACGCGGCCCCGGGAACCCCGCCGGCGCCGGCGCCCGGCGACACCGAGUCGGACUCCUCGGCCGCCACCGUGGUGCCGCCCCUCCCGCUCCAGGGCCUGCGGGGCUCUGCCCGGCGGGGCGGGAGGGCGAGGGGCGGCACCGGCGCCCAGGCCGGCCGGCGCCGCCGGGCCGCGGGGCCGCCGCCGGUACCGCCGAAAAGGCCGCCCCCCGCGGGCGGCGCGGCGCACGCGGACUGGAGCCGGCCCUCGCUGGAGCUCUCCGACAGCGACACGUCGGGCCCGUCGCAGCCCGGGAUGUUGGCCGCGCCCCCCGGCGGCGCCGCCGGCGUCGGCGGACGGAUCACGGUGACGAGCUCGCCGGUGCCCGCCACGGCCGACGGGACCUCUUCGCCUGAUCGUGACGACGACGACGACGACGACGGUCGCGGUGACCGCCCGGCAGAGCCUGCUCGGAGCGAGGAAAUGGAGGCGCCGGCGGAAACGGCCGAGGACGGGCGGGACCGCGGUCGGCGGCGCAGUCGGGAGGCGAAGUUGGCGGGCGACGAGCCGGGGAGGGAGGAGCGGCGGGGGAGCGGCGCCGCCCCCCGUCGCUCGCACAGCUGUGACUCCCGCCAGCGCCGGUGGAACGGGCGAGCGGAGCCACGUGGAGCCGAGCCUCUUCCCCGGCAGCCCCGGCAGGGCCCGGCCAAUGCCGAACCGCUACGGCGCUCGUGCUCCCUGCCGCGCGGAGUCGCGCCGGCACCGGCUCCCGCGCCGAGCGCGGAUCGCUCCGGAGCCGAGCCCGCCGGGGGGUCGGAGCCUCCGUCGGGCGGAGCCGCACGAGGCGACGACGCCGCGGACGGCGGCGGCGGCGCCGCCGAUCGCGCCGGCGCGGCGGACGGCGACGGCGGUUGCCGUCACUCCGGCGGCACCGGCGGCGGCAACAACGACGACCUCCGCCGCCGCCGUCACGGCCGACACCAUCGCUACAGCCGCCAGCGCAGACACCGUCACGACCACCGCCGGCGCCUCGGCUGCGAGCCAGGAGAGACGGGCUGCGACCACGCCUCCUCUGACACGGACUCAUCCACCACCUCCUCCUCCUCGUCCGACGAGGAGGAGGAGGGCUACUUCCUCGGAGAGCCGAUCCCCGGAACGCGCGUCCCGCGCUUGCGCUACGUCACGCACGACGAGGUGGUGGGCAGUGCGGCGCAGGCCGCCGCCCCUGCGCCGCUCGCCGCUCCGACCCCUAGCCGCAGGGGCAAGAACCGCCGACGUGGGGAUGGAACGAGCAGCAAGGGCUGCGUGAUGGCCUGAGCGAACAUUCCCUGAUAGAUGUCCCACAUUCCCAAACCCAGCUCCCACAUUCCCAAACCCAGCUCCCACAUUCCCAAACCCAGCUCCCACAUUCCCAAACCCAGCUCCCAGAUUCCCAAACCCAGCUCCCACAUUCCCAAACCCAGCUCCCACAUUCCCAAACCCAGCUCCCACAUUCCCAAUCCCUACUGUCACAUUCCCAAACCCAGCUCCCACAUUCCCAAUCCCUACUGUCACAUUCCCAAACCCAGCUCCCACAUUCCCUAACCCAGCUCCCAGAUUCCCAAACCCAGCUCCCACAUUCCCAAUCCCUACUGUCACAUUCCCAAACCCAGCUCCCACAUUCCCAAACCCAGCUCCCACAUUCCCUAACCCAGCUCCCACAUUCCCAAUCCCCACUGUCACAUUCCCAAACCCAGCUCCCACAUUCCCAAUCCCUACUGUCACAUUCCCAAACCCAGCUCCCACAUUCCCUAACCCAGCUCCCAGAUUCCCAAACCCAGCUCCCACGUUCGCAUUCCCGAGCUCCUUGUCGCUCAAUCCUGACUUUGCGGCCGGGUGCCUUUUGCCUUCACUGCGGACGUUUUCCUUAUGCAAGACUAGAACGUGGCUUUAGCGACGUAGUUUUAUAUUUAUAUAGACAUAUAUAUUUACAAUGCUAAAGCAUUUGUUGUUGUGGACAAAAAAGUAUUUAUUUUUGACACGAUGCCUGAAAUCGAACGAGCGCAUUUCUCUCGUCGGCUGUUUUUUUGCAUGCGUCGCGUUUAUAUACUGUGGCCUUCUUGUUGUCGUUUUUA